AUGUCAAAAAUUAUCGACUUAGCGUGUUGGGUUCUUAUAUUAACAAUUUUCAUGAGUGGGGAACUACUUGAUGGAAGAACGAUCUCGAAUGCAGUUGACAAAGCAAUAGUAAAAACCAUUAAGGCUGGAACAGAUGAGAUCAUCGACUGUUAUGAUAUUCACAGACAACCUAGUCUUAAUCAUCCUUUGUUUUAUAAUCAUACAAUACAGAUGACCCCAAGUUCGUAUCCAAAAGGAUUGAAAUCAGAUAAUUUUGGGACACUUCAACUUACGAAAGGAAAAGACUAUGUCCCCCCUCUUUUGCAUAAUUAUCGUAUCUCAAAAUCGUCACCAUAUAAGAAAACUGACGCAUCACAACCAAAUUCCCUUGGUGCAAACAACCAUGAGUAUGCGACGAUUAAGGCGCAUGGAAACUUUUUAGGAGCACAAGCAAAAAUAAAUCUCUGGAAACCAGUUCUUGAAAUACCCGCUGAAUUUAGUGUAUCUCAAAUUUGGGUUGUAGCAGAAGGAGAUGGCCCUCUCAAUUCCAUUGAAGCCGGAUGGACAGUGGGUCGCAGUGACAACGUUACUAGAUUUUUCAUAUAUUUUACAGCGGACGGAUACGGUUCAACAGGUUGUUACAAUCUUGAUUGUGGUGGUUUUAUACAAACGUCGUCAAGUAUUUCCCCUGAUUGCAAUUUCACCGAGUUGUCCACUUUCAAAGGUAGUCAAAAAGAUGCCACCUUCAGUAUUCACAAGGAUCAAAAUAGUGGAAAUUUGUGGGUAGAAGUACAAGGUACUCAGGUCGGCUAUUAUCCAAGUUCUCUCUUCAAAAAAUUAUCAAAUAUGACAACAACUGUAUCUUGGGGAGGAGAAAUCCUUAAUUGGAGAGAUCAAAGACGACAUACUAUGACUCAAAUGGGUAGCGGUCACUUUCCUUAA